UGUUUGUAAAUUAUCUAUAGUUUCUUCUUCUUCUUAUUUUUUUCAUUUUCUUAGUUUUGAUUCUUCCUUUUUAUUUUUUAUUGCAAUUAUUAAUUUGUGAUAAAGAUGUGGAAUGCACAGUGCUUGAUAAUUGCGUUUAGUACUAGUAUAUGCACUAGGUGCUUGAUAAAUCACCAUGUUAAGGCUUCAAUAUAUUCAUUGUGUUUGAUAAUUGCGUUGACCACUAUAGAGUGGAUUUUUCAGUUUAAACCAUUUUUUGAUUUUUAGAAAGGGCUUUUCAGUUUAAGUGGAUUAUCUACUUAAGUGAAAACCAAUCUAAGAUGUAAUGAUUUUGAUUGAACUGCUUUUUAGGGAAAAAGAAAGACAAAUUAAGGUAGGUUGUUUGAUUGAGCUAUAGAAGUAGUAGAUGUGUAGCACUCAAGGGUUUGGCAUGCCAGUCGAUAAAGUUGGAAUAAAGACCUUGGAAGACCAGGGUCCAAAUUCUAACUGAGGCCGGAAAAAAGAAGUUAUGUGGUUUCUUCCCAUAAUCGAAGCCUUGGUGGGUGGAGUUACUCGGUACAACGCCCGUGAAAUAGUCGAGAUUGUGGCUCCUUCUAUGUCAACAUUAAAUAAUAGCUUAUCCAUUUUGCAUCAAGUGCCGGAAGGUCAUGUUGGAGUCUAUUGGAGAGGAGGUGCCCUUUUGAAUACAAUAACUGAUCCAGGUUUUCAUUUGAAACUGCCCUUUAUAACUCAGUUUGAACCCAUUCAAGUUACUCUUCAAACAGAUUUGGUUAGGGAUAUUCCUUGUGGGACCAAAGGAGGCGUGAUGAUCAACUUUGACAAAAUAGAAGUUGUUAACCGCCUUCGUAAGGACCACGUAUAUGAUACUCUGCUGAAUUAUGGGGUCAAUUAUGAUAAUACAUGGAUAUAUGACAAGAUCCACCAUGAGAUCAAUCAGUUCUGCAGUGGUCACAGCCUUCAACAAGUGUAUAUUGACAUGUUUGAUCAGAUUGAUGAAAAAAUGAAAGAUGCUCUUCAGGCCGACUGCACACGAUAUGCUCCCGGUAUUGAGAUUCUUAGUGUGCGUAUUACAAAACCUUCCAUCCCAGAAAGCAUAAGACGAAAUUUUGAGAACAUGGAACAGGAGCGUACCAAGGUCUUGAUUGCAGUAGAGAGACAGAGAGUUGCUGAGAAGGAAGCAGAGACACAGAAAAAGAUAGCAAUUAGUGAAGCUGAAAGGAACGCUCAUGUUAGUAAGAUUCAGAUGGAACAGAAGUUGAUGGAAAAAGAUAGUGCAAGGAAGCAAGAGGAAAUUGCAAAUUCAAUGUACUUAGCUCGUGAAAAGAGCCUGUCAGAUGCAGCUUACUAUCGAACAAUGAGAGAAGCAGAAGCAAAUAAGCUGAAGCUUACUCCAGAAUUUCUAGAACUGCGAUUCAUUGAAGCUAUAACCAACAACUCCAAGAUCUUCUUCGGCAACAAGGUGCCCAACAUGGUUCUUGACCAAAGGCUACUUGGAAACUUUUUGCAAGAGGGUGUGCCGCGCCAGGAGUUUUAGGGAGUAACUGUUUAAGCUCGUCUGUUGAAAGCUUCAAAGUAUAUUUUUUUCUGGUACAUCACACGGAGAAUGAUUCAAUGUAUUGGUUUAUUCGUAUGUUCUAUUCUGUACUACUCAACAUCAAGUUUAUACCGCUCUUUUGACCGGGAAACACUGCUAUGCUCUUGAUAUGCUAUUUGCUAAUUUUGCUUGUGUCACUCCACGUAAUUGUGAAUGGUCAAAACCUUGUACGUUUAUCAUAUGAAAAAUAUUAAUGAGGAGCUUUAGUUGUCA